AUGGAGCUGGCGCUGUGGCUGCUCCUUGGGCUCACAGUGACCUUCGCGGCAGGAUUCCUGCCUCGCUCUCAGCUGGGGAACGCGGGCAAGAGCCUUGAGCCUGGGGGCCUCUCUGCGCUUGGCUCUGAAGGGCAUGGGAAGGACGCUGUGGCCCCGAAGGCUGGGGGUCUGAGCCCAGAGCGCCCUGCUCAGGAGCGAGGGCCCAGCCAGAGUGGAGAGCAGGGGCCCGAGCGGAGCUCUGCGAGGGCUGGGCGUCCCCGCACUCGGCGCUGCACGUGUUUCACCUACAAGGACAAGGAGUGUGUCUACUAUUGCCACCUGGACAUCAUUUGGAUCAACACUCCUGAACGCACGGUGCCCUAUGGCCUGUCCAGCUACUGGGGAGGCCUCCGGAGCAAGCGGUCCCUGAAGCCCCCCACAGGGCGUCCCCAGCCCCCUGCUCGGACCCCCUGGCGCUGCACCUGUGUGGACAGAGGGAACCAGGCCUGUGUACGCUUCUGCUCCGCAGCACCGGCCGGCCGCAGGGAGGACAUUGAUGGGCUGCAGGCAGAAGAGGAGGUCUACACAACCCCUGAGCUUAGCCAUCUGGGCGUGCAAGACCCGGUGGGUCUCUCAGCCACAUUGGGUGAGUUUGCCAUCCUGUCCAUCGAGAUGGUUAUUAACGACCAGUGUGUCUGUGGUGCCAUGGCAAUUGAUGCUCAUAAUCAUUGCAGGAAGCUCCACUGA